CUGAAACCGAAGUUGCGUUGUCACCGCGCGUGACUCUUUGCUAUUGGAUACCGGAAACCGAACAUCGUAUUGUCGGAUUGUGAAUUCUGCAUAAGAAUCCCCAUUUUUUGUUGUUGUCCAAAGGUCUUCGGAAAUCUUACGUUGAUCACGCCACUACCCGGUGUCUCCAUCUUGUUUGUUUCUCUAAAGUCUCUAAACUCUAAACGCGCAGAAGAAUAGGACGAAAUUUUUACUCCGCUCCGCGAUUACGUUACUUCGCAAGAAUUCCUUUUCGGUGUACAUCCGAACACCGUACUUCCUUAGUACGGCGAGAAAGUAGAUAUCAUGUCUCACGGCGGUAGAAAUGAGUGUAGAAUAUAUGUGGGAAAUUUGCCACCCGACAUCCGUACAAAGGACAUCCAAGAUCUUUUCUACAAGUUUGGUAAAGUUACUUUCGUUGACUUGAAAAAUCGCCGAGGGCCGCCAUUCGCUUUCGUUGAAUUUGACGAUCCAAGAGAUGCGGAAGAUGCAGUACAUGCGAGAGACGGUUACGACUAUGACGGUUAUAGAUUAAGAGUCGAAUUUCCGCGCGGUGGCGGUCCCAGCAAUAAUUUUCGCGGUGGACGAGGAGCUGGCGACAGCGGUAGAGGUGGCCGCGGUGAGAUGAGCAAUUCUCGUGGUCGAGGUCCUCCAGCGCGACGAUCACAAUACAGAGUGCUAGUAAGCGGCCUGCCACCGACCGGAAGCUGGCAGGAUCUCAAGGAUCAUAUGCGCGAGGCUGGUGACGUAUGCUUCGCAGACGUUUAUAAAGACGGUACUGGUGUCGUUGAAUUUCUACGCCACGAUGAUAUGAAAUACGCCGUGAAGAAAUUAGAUGAUUCGCGAUUUAGAUCGCAUGAGGGCGAAGUAGCUUACAUUCGUGUGAAGGAAGAUCAUAACGGUGGCGAUAGAGGACGCAGCGAAGAUAGAGAGAGAGGCCGUAGCCGUUCUCGUAGCUACAGCCCGCGGCGUCGUGGCUCUCCUACUUAUUCGCCGUUGCGGCGUAAUUACUCGCGAUCAAGAUCUCGCUCCAGAUCUCGCUCGUACGACUAGUGUGUACGUAUGUGUUUCACAUGAUAACAUAAGUACAGGUUUAUAUUGAAAAUUGCUCUUUACUAUGUUUCAUUAUUGCUGAUUUAAAUUCUAUUCAAUAAGAAUUUCUUCUUCCAAUUCAAAUAGAUUUUGUAAAAAGAUUCAAAUUAAUUUCUUCACAUUAUUUAAAUUAAUUAUUCAUUCAAUUGUAUUUGAUAUAUAGUUUGAGAAAAGCAUAUUGAUACUUGUGGCAUAUAUACAUAUGUAUAUGCCAUCAUUAUUCUUUACAUCUCUUAUUUUUAAAAUGAAUAUACCUAUCAUUUAACACAGACGCAAAUUAAUUUAAUGAUUUCACUUUUUACUUAUUAUUUUAAUAAAAGUUUUCUAACAUUGAAUUUUUAAAGCUGAUUGCCUAAUACAAUAAUUCUAUUGAAUUCUAUUGAAUUUUAUUAUUCUCAUAAAAAUGAUAUCAUGCUUGUGAACAUGUGUGUUUUUUUUAUCCAAACUGUUAGAAUUAUUCUUCUAUAUUUAAAAAUACAUUCCUUCACAUAUUCGCCAAUUUGUUUUGUCAUCACUACCAUUUGUGAAAUGUAUAACAAUUUUGAAGUAUUAUUAAUGAGACUUUUGGCAAAAUACUGGAUUUAAAGCUGUAACAUACCUACCAUGUAUUUUGGCUUAACUGUAAUAUAAGCAGUACUAAUGUCAUUGACAUCUAUUGUGAAUAUUUUUAAUUGUCAAUAACAAAUUCUGAUUCUCUCACUUUUUGCUAAGAUACACGAUACAAAAUGGUGACUAUGAUUGAUCAUAUUGAAAUUAUCCUGUAAAAUAUCUUGGUGUAUUUGAGUCUUUCUAUUCGCAUAUAAAGAUUCAAAUUAUCACAGUGAAACAUUAUAUUUUAAACUUGCCUAACAAAGAUUUUCUUACCUUUUGUAAUUACUGCAUAUGUAUUAUAUGAUACUUUUUCUUUACUUUCUCUUUCUCUCUCUUUUUCUAAUAUCCUUUUAUAAUUAAAAUUAUCUUUAUAUAGAUUAAUUAGGAAAAUUUUGCCUAACAUUGUCAAGCGAAUAUCAAAUUUUAUCGUACAAUAAAUGUGUAUAGUAAUAAAGUAUGUUGCAGGUAAACUCUUCGUAUAUAAAUAUAAAACAGGAUUAAAAUAGUUUUAUUUCAGUUAAGGAGAUGUUUUUCUCUCGUCAUAAGUUUUUAAAUUACUAACAUUAUAAUAAUUAUAAUUACUAAAAACACUUAUUUGUGUUUUUAUACUGUAUAUUACUAAAUUAAUAGAUAUAUAUCUAAUAUUAGUCUAUAUUAUUAUAGUACUACAUAUGUAGUUAAAUAACUCUUACUAAUAUGCAGCUGCAAAAAUUGCAUAUUCUAUUUCUUGGUUUAAAAUUGUUUGAAGGAUUUGAAGAGUCUUUUUCAUAUUGUCAAAACUCAACUCUUAAAUUUAUCGAAAAAUUUGUCAUCUUGAGAAGAUGUGCAACGUUUGAUAGAUCUCUUCUACACACGCCUUUCACAGAAGUAUAUAAAUAUAAAAUAGCAUAUAUUUGUCAUACAAAAUAUUUUUUUUUUUAGAUUAUUGACUCUAAUAGAUAAUUUUUAUGUGUACAGAUAAAUACCUCAAGAUUGUUUACACCAUUAAUUUAUCAUUUAAAUCAAAAUAAUUCCGGAUCGAAUAUGUGUAGUGAUGACAAUAUAUCGCGCAUACAUACUCUAUAACAAAAUAUAUGAGAUGAUACACAGA